GCGACGACAUACCUUAAGACACACCUCUCUUCUUUCCCCUUCCCUCCCCUCCUCUCCUCUCCUCUCCUCUUCCUUAUCUGGCCCUUUGGUGAGAAGAGCUUUAGUCCACCGUAUCUUCGCGAAGAGCAUUUUUGCUUCAUUUUCGCUGCUGUUGUAUUAUUGUACUUUUCCAAAUAUACUUUAAUCACGACAACAUGGCUCGCGAAGGUACUCGGUCGCAAACCGGCAACUCCAAGCCGCGCGUCUUCCCCGUCGUCGACACCGCGCCGGCGGUCAAGCGGACUACCAAGCCCAAGCCCGCAGCUUCUGAGGAGCCCAAGGUUGCGCCCGCGAAGGGCGCCAAGCCUACGGGCGUAACCAAGAAGGCGGCCCCGAAGAAGGAGAGCACCGUUGCGAAGAAGGUCAAGGCUGUGGCGGAAAAGGUCGAGAAGAAGGCUGGAAAGACGGCCGACAAGGCGGAGAAGAAGGCCGACAAGGCGGCCGCGGAGCCAAAGGAGCCAAAGCCUAAGGCUGCGCCCAAGAAGAAGGCUGCCGCUGCCCCCGUCGCUGCUCCUGUUGCUGCCGCCGAGUAAGCUGGAUCACCAUCCAAACCGUCUCCGCCCGUUCUUCGCCGAAAGACAGAAGGCGGGAGGAGCUUGGCCCACGUUUGUCGUCACUCGUCAUGCAUUUUUUUGUUUGGAUAUCUCUGCCGGUUGAUGUUCGGAGUUUGUGAAUCGUGCAAUCCGGAUAUUGGGUUAUUCUGUCUUUUGUUUGGUCUGUCUGUUGGUGUCUCCUGUGUGUACCUGAUGAAAUCGCAAAUAGCGAAUGUGUUACCGAACUCUGGUGGACCACCGGCCAUAUUCCGUUUGACUGACUAUGACAUGUGGG